AUUUCUCUCCAGCAUCACCAGCGGAGAGGAGGAGAAGGAGGAGGAGGAGAAGGAGGAGGAGGGAGGUUAGUGUCAGGUGGAAACAGGGACCUCUAUGGAUAUCAUCAUCAACCUCCACCGGCUCGCCUCUUCAGCACCGACAGCAUCUCCCGGCCCGCGGUCGCCGCCGCAGGCACACAGCGCCCUUUUUAUGCGCCAAGGCACUGCAUCUCCACGGCAGAGACUCCUCGCCGGCCCGCUGCUUCUGUAAUUACCCGGACGAGCCGCUUCUUCCUUGCAACAAUAAGGACCAUUCGAGGGAAGACCCUGGUGCCAUAAAAGCGGAGCGUCCGAUCCGUCCAUCGAUAAACCGCUGCGCUCAUCGAUUCCGCCAACACACGGUCGUCUUGGGCACAAGGGACGGACGGAACCGAUCCAAGCAGACUGACACUGAAAAACGAAGGGCGUUGGGCGCGAUGGCUAAUGCCUCCCCUGACCUGGACAACGCGGAAGCCCAGCGCCAACUCAACAACAACAACCGACAAAGCAGCUCGGGAUUCUGGGAGACGGAGUGCACCAGCUCCAAGCUGUUUGAGUGCUCCCGCAUCAGAGCCCUGGCAGACGAGCGAGAUGCAGUGCAGAAGAAGACGUUUACCAAGUGGGUUAACUCCCACCUGGCCCGAGUGUCCUGUCGCAUAGCCGACCUCUACAACGACCUGAGGGAUGGAUACAUGCUCACCAGACUCCUGGAGGUCCUCAGUGGAGAGCUGCUGCCAAGGCCUACACGGGGCCGUAUGCGGAUCCACUGCCUGGAGAACGUAGACAAAGCCCUGCAGUUCCUCAAAGAGCAGCGAGUCCACCUGGAAAAUGUGGGCUCCCACGACAUUGUGGAUGGCAACCACCGCCUCACCCUAGGCCUUAUGUGGACCAUCAUCCUACGCUUCCAGAUCCAGGUGAUCAAAAUAGAGACGGAGGACAACAGGGAAACUCGCUCUGCCAAGGACGCCCUGCUGCUCUGGUGCCAGAUGAAGACCGCAGGGUACCCUGAGGUGAACAUCCAAAACUUCACCACCUGCUGGAGAGACGGCCUCGCCUUUAACGCCCUCAUACACAGACACAGAUCUGACCUGAUAGAGUUCAACAAGCUGACGCGGUCCAAUGCGACCCACAACCUCCAGCAAGCCUUCAACGUCGCCGAGCAGCACCUGGGCCUCACCAAACUCCUGGACCCAGAGGAUGUCAACACAGAGAACCCAGACGAAAAGUCCAUCAUCACAUAUGUGGUCUCCUACUACCACUACUUCUCCAAGAUGAAGGCUCUUAUUGUGGAGGGCAAGAGGGUUGGCAAGGUCCUUGAAAACUGCGUUGAGGCGGAGAAGAUUGUCAACCGCUACGAGGCCCUGGCCUCGGACCUGCUGGACUGGAUAGAAAAGACCAUCGCGGUCAUCAGCAACCAGAAGUUUGCCAACUCGCUGACGGGAGUUCAGCAGCAGCUACUGGCCUUCACAACCUACUGCACCAUCGAGAAGCCCAUCAAGUUUCAGGAGAAGGGGAAUCUCGAGGUCCUUCUGUUCACCAUCCAAAGCAAGCUCAGAGCCAACAACCAGAAACCCUACGUGCCUCAUGAUGGGAAGCUCAUCUCAGACAUCAACAAGGCCUGGGAGAGGCUAGAGAAGGCGGAACACGAAAGGGGCGUCGCUCUGCGCAAGGAGCUGAUUCGUCAGGAGAAGCUGGAGCUGCUGGCUCAGUGCUUCGAUCACAAAACCACCAUGAGACAAGCCUGGCUCAAUGAGAACCAGCGGCUUGUGUCGCAGGACAAUUUUGGCUACGACCUACCAGCAGUCGAGGCGGCAAUGAAGAAACAUGAGGCCAUCGAGGCGGACAUUGCCUCGUACGAAGAGCGCAUCGGCGUGGUGGUGGAGCUCGCAGCGGAGAUGGAGACAGAAGCAUACUACGACAUCCGGCGUAUCCUAGCACGGAAAGAGAACAUCCUGGGCCAGUGGAGUCUACUGAAGGAGCUGGUGGCCGGGAGGAGGACUCGGCUGGAGAAGAACCUGGCCCUGCAGAAGACCUUCCAGGACAUGGUCUACAUGAUCGACUGGAUGGAUGACACACAGGUCCAGCUCCUGUCCAAGGACUUUGGAAAGCACCUCCUAGAGGUGGACGACCUGCUGCAGAAACACGGCCUGCAGGAAGCCGACAUCGCAGUGCAGGCUGAGAGGGUCGAGACACUCAACACCGCUGCACUCAAAUUCACAACUAUAGAGGGUUACCAGCCGUGCGACCCACAGGUGAUUUGUAACCGCGUCAACCACGUCUCUACCUGUCUGGAGGAGCUGAAACAACUGGCAGCUAAAAGGCGAGAGGAGCUGGAGGAGUCAAGACAGCUGUGGGCCUUCUUUCAGGAGCUGGAGGAGUCGGAGGCCUGGAUCCGGGAGAAGAGCUCCAUCCUGGGAGCUCAGGGUUACGGGAAGGACCUGAGCAGCGUGCUGAAAUUACUUCAGAAACACAAGACCCUGGCUGGGGAACUGCUGGCUCACCGCUCGCUGCUGCAGAACACCAUGAAACGAGGAAAGCAGAUCCUGAGUGACAAGAGCUUUGGCACGGCGGGCAUCCAGGAGCGCAUCAUGGAGGUGAAGGGCGAGUGGAAGAGGCUGGAGGACCAGGCCGCGCAGCGACUCGGACACCUGCAGGAGGCACUCAACUUUUUCCAGUUCUCCACGGAGACGGACGACCUGGUGGCGUGGCUGCAGGACGCCUACCGACUGGUUUCCAGUGAAGACUUUGGACACGAUGAAUACUCCACUCAGUCGCUUCUGAAGAAGCACCGGGGGGUCAGCGAGGCCGUUGAUAAACAUCGUAUGCACGUGGUGGCACUGCGGAAACAUAUGGGAGCGCUGCCUCUGCAGUACCGUGAGCAGGAGGAAGUGCAGGUGCGCAUGGGAGAGGUGGAGCAGCUUUACACCGAGGUGGCCGAGGUGGCGGUGCUCAGACAGCAGUGGCUUCACGAUGCCCUCGCCGUCUACCGCAUGUUCAGCGAGGUCAACGCCUGCGAGCUGUGGAUCGACGAGAAGGAGCAGUGGCUGGACAAGAUGGAGAUCCCGGAGAGACUGGAGGACGUGGAGAUGGUGGCACACAGGUUUGAGAGCCUAGACCAGGAGAUGAACAGCCUGAUGGGAAGGAUCCUGGACGUUAACCAGAUAGUUCAGCAGCUCCUGGAUGGAGGUCAUCCUUCGUCCACAGAGGUCAGAGGUUGUCAGGAUCAUCUCAACUCUAGGUGGAACAACAUAGUGGAGCUGGUGGAGCAGAAGAAGGAUCAGCUGGACUCCAUGCUGCGGCUGCAGAACUACCUGCUGGAGUGUGCCGAGAUCAAGUCCCAGAUCCAGGAAAAGAGAAAAGCCAUCGACGCCACCCAGUACGUGGGCAGCGACCUGGGGGGAGUCCUGGCUCUGCAGAGACGCCUCUCUACUAUGGAGGGGGCCCUAUCGGUCCUGGAGCCCAAACUUCUGCACCUGCAGGAGGAGGCGGAGCAAAUGGCCACAGCCCACCCAGCUCGGGCCAUGGAGGUUCUCAUGCCGUUUGAUGGCAUCAGCGUGGAGUGGGAGGAGCUUAAACGCACCCUGCAGGGCUGCGAGGAUUCACUCAUGGUGGCUGGUCGGCUGCAGAGCUUCAUACAGGACCUGGACUCUUUCCUCACCUGGUUGGUCCAGACGCAGACGGCCGCCGCUUCUGACCUGCUCCCCAACGACCUGGAAGAGGCGGAGAAACUCAUCAACAAACACGCAGCGCUGAAAGAGGAGAUCGGACGGUACGAGGAGGACUACGAGCGCCUGCAGGCCAUGAACGACCUGCUGGAGUCCGAGGAGGCUCCCUUACCUCAAGCCGCCCUGCAGCAGUGGCUCCAGAAGCUCGACGUCGGCUGGAACAAACUCCUGGAGAUGUGGGAGAGCCGGAGAGAGGUUCUGGUCCAGGCUCACAUCUUCCACCUCUUCCUGCGAGAUGUCAAACAGGCCGAAUCUUUCCUCAAUAACCAGGAGUCGGCGCUCGCUCACGUGGAACUUCCCACCACGGUGGAAACGGUGGAGGCCGCCAUCAAGAAACACAAAGACUUCACCACCACCAUGGAGCUGAACCUGCACAGAAUCAAAGCAGUGAUCGAGGCCGGGGAGAGUCUGAUUAGCCAGAGCAACAUCUACUCCGACCGCAUCAAGGAACGCAUCGACACGCUCGCCAACAGGGGAAACCAGAACAGAGAGCUGGCCCAGCGGUGGCUGGAAAAGUUGAACGACCAGUGGGAACUUCAGAGGUUUCUUCAGGACUGCCACGAGCUGGGGGACUGGGUCUGUGAAAAGAUGCUGAUGGCGAAGGACAGCAGCAGGGACGAGACCCAGAAGCUUCAUAAGAAAUGGCUGAAGCACCAGGCCUUCAUGGCCGAGUUGGCCCAGAACAAGGAGUGGCUGGACAAAAUUGAAAAGGAGGGCCAGCAGCUGAUCCAGGAGAAGCCGGAGCUCAGCGCGGGGGUCCGAAGGAAGCUGGAGGAGAUCAGGGAGUGCUGGCUUGACCUGGAGAGCACCACCCAGGCUAAAGCACGCCAGCUCUUUGAGGCCAACAAGGCCGACCUGCUGGUGCAGAGCUACGAAAGCCUGGACCAGAGACUGGGCCAAUUGGAGGGUCAGCUGGCCUAUGUGGACCAGGGACAGGACCUCACCACUGUCAACAAGCAGCUGAAAAAACUACAUACCAUGGAGAGCCAGAUGGAGACGUGGUAUAAGGAGGUGGGGCAGCUCCAGAUGCAGGUGGCCUCCAUCCCGCAGCAGACUCAGAUCAAGGAGACUGUUGCAGGCCGCCAAGCCGUUGUGGAGGCCAGGAUGGUUCGUCUGAUCGAGCCGCUGAAGGAGAGGCGGCGCAUCCUGCUGGCGUCAAAGGAAGUUCACCAAGUUGGGCGAGACCUGGAGGAUGAGAUUUUGUGGAUCCAGGAGCGCCUCCCAAUGGCCAUGUCUCAUGAGCAUGGCUCCUCUCUGCAGGCAGUACAGCAGCUCAUGAAGAAAAACCAGACCCUUCAGAGGGAGCUGCAGGGCCACAGGAGCAGGAUGGAUGACGUCCUGGAGAGGGCAGGGAUCAUCGCCUCCAUACGCAGCCCGGAGGCUGACUGCGUCCGGGCGGGCCACGACCAGCUCGCCCAGCUGUGGGCUCUGCUCUGGGCCGAGACCGAGAGGAGGCAGCUGAUCCUAGACGCCAUGUACCAGGCCCAGCAAUACUACUUUGACACGGCCGAGGUGGAGGCCUGGCUGAGUGAGCAGGAGCUGCACAUGAUGAACGAGGAGAAGGGGAAGGACGAACCGAGCACACUGCAGCUGCUGAAGAAACACUUGGUUCUGGAACAGACCAUCGAGGACUACGCCGAGACCGUCGGCCUGCUCUCACAGCAAUGUCGACAGCUGCUGGAGAUGGGCCAUCCAGACUGCGAGCAGAUCAGCAAGCGUCAGUGUCAGAUCGACCGUCUGUACGUGUCUCUGAAGGACCUGGUGGAGGAGAGGAAGAGUCGCCUGGAGCAGCAGUACUGGCUCUACCAGCUCAACAGGGAGGUGGACGAGCUGGAGCAGUGGAUCGCUCAGAGGGAGGUGGUCGCCAGCUCGCCGGAACUGGGCCAGGACUACGAGCAUGUCACCGUCCUCCAGGAGAAGUUCACAGAGUUUGCAUCAGAGACAGGCAGCGUGGGGCAGGAGCGAGUGACGGCCGUCAACCAGAUGGUGGACGAGCUCAUUGACUACGGCCACUCAGACGCCGCCACCAUAGCCGAGUGGAAGGACGGGGUGAACGAGGCCUGGGCCGACCUGCUGGAGCUCAUGGAGACGCGGGCGCAGAUGCUCGCCGCCUCACACCAGCUGCACAAGUUCUUCUCCAACUGCAGAGAGGUGCUGGCCCAGAUUGAGGACAAGCACCGCCGGCUGCCUGAAGUGCGGGCUCGGCAGGGCAGCACCGCCAACACCAGCACCCUACAGAGACUCCUGCACAGCUUCGAGCAGGACAUUCAGCUGCUGGUCACGCAGGUGCGUCAGCUGCAGGAGAGCGCAGCCCAGCUGAGGACGGUGUACGCCGGCGAGAAGGCCGAGGCCAUCGCGUGCCGCGAGCAUGAAGUGAUGCAGCUGUGGAAAGAGCUGCUGACGUCCUGCGAGGAGUGCCGGGUGCAGAUCACCACCGAGACGGACAAGCUAAGGUUCUUCGGCAUGGUCCGAGAUCAGAUGAUGUGGAUGGAAUCGAUCAUCUGUCAGAUUGGGACAGGAGAGAAGCCCAGGGACGUGUCCUCGGUGGAGGUGCUGAUGAAUUACCACCAGAGUUUGCAGAGCGAGGUGGAGGCUCGCAGCCGCAGCACCCUGGAGUGUAUCGAGAUGGGCAAAACUCUGCUGGCUGCUCGAAACCCAGCAGCCGAAGAGAUCAAGGAGAAGCUGGACAAGGUAGUUGCUAAGCAAUAUGAGCUGUCUGAGAAGUGGGACAAACACUGGGACGUUCUACAGCAAUUGUUGGAGGUCCACCAGUUUGCCCAGGAGGCGGUGGUGGCGGAGGCGUGGCUGACGGCUCAGGAGCCGCUCAUCAGCAGCAACGAGCUGGGCGCCAGUGUAGACGAGGUGGAGCAGCUGAUUCGUCGACACGAAGCCUUCCGCAAAGCCGCCGCCACCUGGGAGGAGCGGUUCAGCUCACUGCGGCGACUCACCACGGUAGAAAAGCUGAAAGCCGAGCAAAGCAAACUACCGCCGACCCCGCUGCUGGGUCGCAAAGUCUUUCUGGACCCUCAAGAUGCCUCACCCGGUGUGUCCACCCUCCCCCGCCUCCCCCUUUCCCCUGUCAUGAGACAGACUAUUUAUGAGCAGAAUGAAGCCAAUUCUCCUCGCUCGCCUUCGCCUGCCACGCCCACACCCUCUCCCUCGUCCGUGGCCCGUCGCCUUGGGUCGACGGUCGCCAACUACACCCCCGUGAUGAACGCCUCGAGCUACCGCCACGCGCUGGAGGCGCGGCACGGCAGCGUUGUGGGCGUGGCUGCGGGGCUGGGCCAGCCCGCACCCUCCUCGAUCGCCUCGGUCGCCACGGCGGCCAUGCUGGUUUCGGCCAACCAGGCGCGAGAGCACGACGGCGCGGCGAGGGACCAAGUGACCAAGGCGAUGACUUACCUCCACCCAGCACAUGCGGCGAGGACGCUGGAGGCAAAAUCGUCCCCGUAUCUGCGGCAAGCCAAAAUCAAACACUUGGACGAUGCAGUGACGCCGCUGAUCGUGGCCAGCCGACUGGAGAAGGCGAGGGAGAAGGAGAGGGCGAGAGAGAGGGACAUCAUAAUGGGGGAGAUAGGGACAGAGAAGGCGGAGGUGGCCGUGAUGGCCGAGGUGGUGCUCCAGGAGCCGUGCAGGGAGCGCCUGCACAGCGAGCCCACCAGAGGGCCGCGGAGGUCCAGGACCGACCCGCUGGGCCAGGCCGAGCCCCAGGUCCAGACCCACAGGGACCACAGGAUAGAGCGGCAGCUGUCCAGUGAGCAGCUGAUCCAGGCUCGCAGGGACGAGCUGCCUCAAGAGCUGUGGAGGGAACAGGCCGAGAGGCGGGAGAAACGGGGGCUGGAGAGGCAGACAUCCAGUGAGCACGAGGGCCACGGGGGCCACGAGGGCCGGCGGAGAGAGAGGGACCGACACCGGCUGGAGAGACAGGAAUCCAGUGAGCAUGACACCGGGAAAGAGCACUCAGACAGACGCUCAGGCGGAGGAGAGAAGAGAUCCACCAUGGCAGAAAUCGUAGAGCAGCUGCAAGAAAGAGAAGCAGCACAGGCCCGUGGCGAGGUGCCCCGCCUCCCCAACGGGGUGCCGGAGAAGCCCGCCCGUCUGGACCGACCCCGAGCCCGGGACAGGCCCAAGCCGCGGCGUCGACCGCGGCCCAAAGAGGCGGGAGAGACCACGCGGCGGUCCAGGUCGGCUCCGGCACAGAGCAGCCCGGCGGUCCCCCAGCCGCCAGCACACACCGCACACCACGAGGGCUUCCUGUUCCGCAAGCUGGACAUCGAGAGUCUGAAGAAGAGCACCAACAGCAGGUCAUGGGUCAACCUGUACUGCGUGCUCAACAAAGGGGAGAUGGGCUUCUACAAGGAUGCCAAGAACACCGCCACGCCCUACAACAACGAGGCGCUGCUCAACCUCUCCCACUGCCACUGCGACGUCACCAACGGCUACAAGAAGAAGAAGAACGUGUUCACGCUCAAAACGAAGGACGGCAGUGAGUUUUUGUUCCACGCAAAAGACGAGGAGGACUUGAAGGUUUGGGUGGGCAACAUCACUGGCAGCAUCACGGAGCACGAGGACAUCGCCAAAUGGGGGCAGCCCCAACCAACUACCUCAUCCACCGACGAGGGCACGCGGCGAGACGGCAGCAAGGCGGAAAACCGGUCGGAGCGAGGCGGUGAGCGCUCGGACCGCGCCGACCGGAUCGAGCCGGCGGAGAAGGAGACGGAGAAGGAGACGGAGAAGGAGAAGGAGAAGGAAAGGGGUGAGCGCUCGGAGCGGGGAGGGAAGUCUGACUCUAAGCGCUCGGAGAAGUCCGGUAAGAAAAAGUGAGUCGGGUGACAGAAUCGGUCGGGAUUGAACCGUGCGAACUCCGGAUAGGAGGCGGGGCCGUAGACUGGUAGUGCACCGCCCCACAUCCAUCCCUCACCCCGCCUUUCUCUCCGUCCCCGACGCUGUCCACAAAAAGCGUUGGCGUUUUUGGACGAGACGCACGCGGGUCAGAGGGACAGACCCAAGGCUUUUACUCAUCAGACGGACAGGACGGUUUCGGAGAAGGAGACAUCUCUCUCUCUCUCUCUCUCUCUCUCUCUCUCUCUCUCUCUCUUUGUCUCUCUCUCUCUCUUUCCUUCUUCUGUGUCUCUGUGAGAACACACAGUCGCUAAGGCUACGCCUACGCCCCCUCUGGUGGCUGUUUAGGGGAACUGCAAGAGAGAGAGUUUUGCGCUGCCAAAACGCCCCAAAUGCAGGGGGCGGGGGGGUUAACGCGCAGGUAAGAGGGACUGGCGUCGCGUUGAGGCUGCUUCUGAAAGCCGGUAGUCUGAGGCGACGCAGCUCAUUCUGUUCCAUGUUUGUUUUUCUACAAGAUGAGCUGUACCCAUAUGUAUUUCUCGUCCGUCUGUUCUAUCUACUGUAUUUAUCUAUUAGUUGAGACACCCUCCUCUUUGUCUUAUUACUCCUUGGUAAGACGGAAAUUAUGCCAAAAUGUUUUACAGACAAAUGUAGAGAAUGUUUAGUUUUUCAUUUUCCUCUUUCCUCCUCAAUGAUUUUUCCGUCUCGGAGGUCUGGCUUUGGAAAAGAAAAAAGUGUAUGUGACAAGAGAAGAGUAGAUGAUCUUCAGAACAAAUAGGGGAAAUUUUUGUCAUUGAAAAACAUCCAAAGGCUUGAAAUCUUUAAGAACAAUUGCUCCUGAAAUCAGCUUAAAUGUUGAAUAGUCUUCCCGUCUCUAUAGCAUUCAUUUUGGAUUCACUCUCACACAAGGUGAUUAAUUUGUUAAGUCCCUCCACAAUACAGUCACUGCAGAAACUAUACUUAAAAACGCAUGUACAGUUCAUGGAUCUGUAAUCAGAAAGGAAUCAAACUUAUUUAAUGGUAGUCUGGCUCCCUAGGGCCUCAUUCUUAAAAAUGUUUCAUUUUAUUCACACAAAAUACAUAUUUUGACAAGCGGUAUCGGCCAAGAUGUUGGUUCCGAUGGCUCAAUGGAAAUGUGUGGACCUCAUGCGUAAUCUGCUAAAUUUAGCGUCAAACUUUCCAUUCUUUUGACAUUUGGCUUUGGUCAUAAGCACAAAAUCUGCAGCUGGCAUGUUUUAAAUAAACCCCUCGUCUACUCUUUUAUUCUCUUAUGACAUCAAACCAAUCGUUUGGUAUUUUCUUUGAUUUAUUCAUGCAAAAUCUUAAUUUUUUUAUUUAGUUCACAGAAUUCAAAAUACCUUGUUUUUUUAAUGUGUGUGUGUGUGUUUGUGUGUACCGCUGCUCUCCGCUCCCAGGGUCUCCAUAGCUCUCAGGUUAUUUAUGUUUGUGUGUUUUCAUUGUGUGCUUUGCACUGUGACACGUUCGUCCCGUCCCACCUCCAACGCCACCCUAGUCUUCCAGAAACACACACACACACACACACACACACACACACACAGAAGAAUAUAACUCGGGCAGGUUUAGUGUCAAAGGCUCUAAAGAGUGGAAAAGGUCAUUAAAGUGUCCAGGUGUAAAUGGGAAUGAACGGAUGAAUGCGCAGGUGAACGCCAGGAUAGCAGACGGACCAAAUAUUUAGGAACGUCCGGAAGUUGUGAGAUUGCAUGUUCCGCUUGAAGAGAAAUCACAUCUUUGAUAGAAGCUCGUCUUUUCAGCCCGUUUGACUUGGCGUUUGCAUUUCCUGUAAACUCACCACUAAGCCAUAAACCAAAAGAACUACAUAACAGUAAAUACCGGUGGGGAGUUUUUCAGAAGCACCAGCAGCGGUGGCUUAUGGAUAAACUAAAGUAAACUGGUGGAAGCAUCCUGGUCAGACGCCAUUUAAAAUCCUAGUUUUUUUCUUCUUUCAAAUGGAAAUACUGUUUUGAUAUCAUUGCUACUGUAUGAUAAUGUUUCAUUUAUUUAAUUGUAUUUGUGUAGUUAAAGUCCAGCUGAAAUCGCUGCUGCUGUACGGCAGCUUAGGCCUCUGCUCAAUAAGUCAUGCUGUUAAAAAUAAAAAAGCAGAACAAAAUUAAGAGGUUGAUGUAAUAUUUCUGGUUUCACAAUGGUUCCCCCAAUCGUUUGCAUUUAAUUAAUUUUUUUGUCUUUUCUCCUGUAAAACUGAAAAACUUUUAAAUAACAUUACAAACGAGUGCUGGAGCUAUUUCUGCCUUUCACUUUUGUUUGGAUUAUAGAAAGCCAAACAAUGAAUUACACAGAAGUAUUUCAGUUGGACUUUAAACUUAAAGUUGUCAUUCUCUGAAGAGCUCGUAGAGCCCAGAAAUGUUAUUUUACGUUUUCUAAAGUUGGUAUUUGCUAGCUCAAUUAUUUAUUCUGUUCCAUAAAAGUGGGAUAUUUUGGUAACAAGAGUAUUUUUUUAUUUUAUUUUUUAUUUGUUUUUUAGAGUGUACCAUAUUCAACUACAGGAUUUUAAAUUCUGUCCCGACCCGUUUGUCUGGUUUGUCUUCAUUAUAACAACACGUCUUGAGAACUGCAACUUUCUUUUAAUCUCUUUUGAUUUGAGCACCCUUUAUGCAUCUAGUUUUGGUGUGAAUGCCAAAUCCAUGGAAUCAUUUUACAUGCAUGACGGACACAACAGAGCCAGAGUCAGAAGAGCUGAGUUUUGGACGCGUGUGGCGUCCUGGUCCGGCGCCCCUCUGUCGGAUUAUGCAUCCAGCGGCCUAAUGAACACUUUGUUACUGCAGGUGCACACAGGACAAAAGCAAGCAGGGUACAGAUAGCAGUGCAAAGUAUGUCAUCUGAACCAUUCCACACAGCAGAAACUACCAGAUAUGUGACAGUGGGAAUGUUCAGAUCGGUUUCCUGCCUGACACACCGGACCUCAGUCUGUCGGCCGAGAUGAAAUGACGAAAUAAAAUACCUUUUGAUUCAUCA